AUGUCGCUUGCAAUUGUGCAGGAAAACAGCGCCACCAUCUCUGCGCCCGCCAUGUCGAAGCCGGCAUCCCGCCGCCGCCGCUCGAAAUGUUCCGUUGCCUGUGUCCACUGCCGGCUGCGAAAGGUCAAGUGUCCUGGAUCCUUCCUGUCUUUCUGCUCCAAAUCGGGCAUCGAAUGGGUUACCCUGAAAACAGGGGUCCCUGACUUUGAUCAAUUAGCAACGAGAUUAAUGGCCGACGUAGGCCACUGCUUUAGGUGUCAGAGCAGAGCCUGUCCGCUCAGAGAGCCGGAGCCCAACGAAACUACUGCAUGGCUCUACACCCAGUCUUAUUUUGAGGACACAAGCGACGUAGUCCUGGGUGUGGUGUCACGUUCGUGGUUCCAAGACAAGCUGCGCCUCCAUUUCAACAACAACAACAGCAGCAGCAGCAGUCCUGGACCCGGCACGAUGGAUGAUCCAGCCUGGUACGCUCUCCGCAAUACCAUCUACGCCUACGGUGCCCGGCAGCUCCUAGCAAAGCAGAGCAAGCCUCGGGCCUUCAGCGACGCCAUUGAACUGGGGAACCGCUACUUCCAAAACGCUCUCUCAAUGCACAGUGACCUGCUCUUUCUCGGCACGAGCAGGUUGGCAGUGCAAGCGCUCGCAGUUAUGACACAUUACACCGAGGGCGUGAGCUGGCCGUCCCUAAACUACAUGCUGUGCUCUAGCGCAAUGCGGCUAGCCGAGACCAAGGGGUUGCACCGACAGCCGCCUUUGUCCGCGAAUUUGCAUGAUGCGGAGAUAUACUCGCGGAGCUGUACCUGGUGGGGGAUCUACUGCUACGAUAGAUAUUCGGCUGUUCGUCUUGGGAGGCCAUUGGGAACUGACGACGACUCCAUCACCGUUCAAUUACCGCGAAAUUUGUCCCCCGAAAACCCGGCGCAGUACGAAGCUAUGCUCUGUGGUAUCCGUACGGCACAGUUGUCGUCGGCCAUCCUGAGAAGGCUAAACAAGUUCGACCAUAGGAAGCCGUCUGUCGAGGAGAUCGCUAACACCAUGGGCGAGCUCAAACAGUUACUUGCAGAUCUACGAGCUUCGUUCCCUUCCUAUGUGUCCCCGGGAGAUUCGUCGCCCUGCACCAAUAUUCCAGCCGGAAUAACCAUCAACGAUGUCUUGUUCCUGGUGUUUUCCUACCACAUAAGCGUGAUACAAGUGCACUCGAUACUCGUGUAUCCCUGGAACAUAGCAAAACUCGGCUUGAAUGCCGCAGAGCAGACCCAGCUUCAAACCAACAUAGCAGAAAGUAGCCGCAAAUGUGUCGAGUCAGCACGGCAAAUCCUUCAGCAACUUGGCGGCAUAACAAUCAUGCCAUCGACGCCCAAAUGGCUUGCCUUCUUCUUCCCCUUGACGGCGUUGAUAGACGUCUUUAUCCACGUUUUACAGAACCCCCAGGAAUCUUCUGUCGAAUCCGAUAUUGUGCUUAUGCGGAUUGCGGCGGGCCAUUUCAGCUAUCUGGAAUUCACCAUUCCCGAAUUUUCGUUCCCGCUUACAAGGGACCUGCCCAACUUGGCCCAGGUUGCUGUCCGCCGUUCUCGAGAGAAGUGUCCCGCCCCUAUCGACAUCGGACCGCCGCCGCCGUCCGAUUUAUCAGGGGCGUCAGCGGAUAUGGGGGAGACGACACAUUUUGAGGUUGGAUUGUUUCCCGCUGGGUUUAACAUCUGGAGUGAGGACUGGAGCACCUUCUUGACGUCGACGGACUUGUGA